UACAUGCAUUUGAUUAUUUAAUCUGCCAACUAGAUACUAAAAUGCUUCUUGAGGAAUUUCGGAAAGCAACCGUGACUUUGGAUGAAGGUAUCAAACCAGAAAACUUCUUUUAGGUUUGAUUUUGUAACACUAAAAACAGGAAAAUUCUCGUAUGGUGAACGAGUUGGUGACUUGCACUCAACUGCUCUCCUUCGCUAGUCCUUUCUCUAUCCUCCAAAUUUAUGUCAAAAGUUGGAGCAAAGCAUCAUGUUGAAUUGUUUUUCCUAAGAAACUCACCAACCGUCUUUUGUUAAUGAACAUUUUCCCUGUGAAAUCUUCCAUCACUAACUUAUAUUGCAUGAGCCGCAUAUGCCACUAUUUUAGAACAUUCCAUUGUGGGCCAUGCCCAAUAAAUUCACACGGAAACCUUAUACCUGUGAAGCUGCCAUUCCUGAAGAUUGUAGAAAAUACAAUUAAACCGCGAUAAUAUCAUUAAGCAACUAACCACCAUAUUAUUUUCAAGGUUGGUGUCCCUGCUUUGGCAUAUAAAAUUACCCUCGUCUCUUUCUUUUUUUUUCUAUCACUUUGCAUUGUUUACAAUCCUCAAGAAUGACAAUUUCAGUUACUAUUAGACCAUUGGUUUUAACUGUAGUUCUUGUCUGCAUCUCUAUAUUCUGCUGCAAUAUAGGGAACGCUUAUGAUGAAGACGUGCCUCAGACAGGCGCAGACAGUUUUGGCUACGAGCCUUACACAGGCGCAGGCGGUUUAGGAGGUGUGUCUCAAACAGGUGCAGGUGUUGUUGGUGAUGAUCCAGCUGAAAUUGUUGCAAAAGCAUUGCUAUGUUUUAAUGAAAGACAUAUUUACAGCAGCUGCUCAGACGCCUAUAGGCUGACACAGAGUGGAAACCUGAAUGUGCCUCCUGAUUAUGUAGAUGAAUAUUGCAGUGGACCAUGUCUUACAGAGACACAUUUGGUGCUAAACUGCAUAGAAAACAUUAUGACACGCUUUAUAUUUUACAAUAAGGCUACCAUACAUGAUAUUCGAGAUACAAUCAAGGCAGGAUGUGGCUAUGGUCCAGAAAGAGGUGAUUUCAAUGUAGCCGAGCAUCUUCAAUAUGAAGAAAACAGUGCAUACAUGACCAAAAUCCAGAAUCUCUCUGGACUACUUGGCUUUGCAAUCAUAGUGCAAGUUUUGUUGCUUUGAUGUUUUAGGAUGAUUUAUCGCCUUAUUUUGCUUAUGUUUAUGUAAUAGAUAGAUAAGUUGAUGUGUAACUUCUGUUUGGUACUCUAGAAAGGAAAAUAAGACUAUUGUCUGCUUUGUCCUGAUA